AUUCAAAUUCUGUCUUCUCCAUCUCUUUGUAUUUUCUAUCUCUUUCUCUCUCUUUGUUCUUUGAUGGAAAGCGGACUUGACCUGGAAAUGGAUUUGAAUGCUACUGCUCUCUCCACUCCCCGCUUCUGAGAUUUCCAUUUCCCUCUCAUUUUCUCCCUUUCAAGUUUCUCCAAUUUGUUCUUCCAUUGUUGGAAUCGCUAGAACUUGUUUUGGAUCCGUGGAUCUCUGCUCCGGCAUUAUCUGUUUCUCUUUUGUUGCAGAUCCUAUCCGCUGGUUUGUCAAUCUUGUGCCUCGAAUCUAAGCUUCCGCGAUUUUUUUUUUCAUGAGGUUCUGAUUCGUUUGCGCGGUUUUCGAGUUUACACCUAAUGAUGGAAUCGGAAAUCCUUGUACCUGCUGAUGGGCUCAAACUGACCCAUCAAAAUGGGUUUCAUGAGAACGUUUCUGCCUCCUCAGAGGAAACUGUUCCUGAAGUUCUUGUGAGCGAGGGCAUAAACAAAGAUACAGAGGCUACAAUGCAGCAAGAAAAUAUUGAAAAUGGUUUCAAAUUGAGUGGCGAUGCAAUUAGUGAAUCGACCACAAUGGAACUCACAGAGGGAUUAAAUUCUCCGGCAGAAAGCGAUAUAUCAACCCUUUCUAAGGAAGGAGAGGAAAAGAAUGUUGAUCCUCCCAAGCAAGUGAAACCAGAGAGGGGUCAAAUCAAGAGCAAGAAUGAAAAGUCAUCAGGCCCUAAACACAUUUCUUCAACUGGGGUGAAUAAGAAUAAAGAUGGAAAGGAUGCAGAACAUACUGCUGGUCUUUUAAAUGGUUCGGGUACAGGUACAUCGCAUCCACACCCAAAACGGCCUAGUAAGAGUAGAUCAUUCAAUGGCAGGCAAGCUGAAGCGCUGAAGCAAGCUGAUAAGUCUGAUGGUGAAGGCUCCAUGGAGAGUAUUUACCUGAAAACUUCGAAGAAAGGUCAUCCUAGUAAAUCAGAAGAAGAAUCAGAAUCUUCUUUAAGUCCAAGAGCAGGGGAUGAAAAACCAAAUAGGGUUGGGAGACUUCCUAACUACGGUUUUAGUUUUAGAUGCAAUGAGCGUGCUGAGAAAAGAAAAGAGUUCUAUUCGAAACUGGAGGAAAAGAUACAAGCUAAGGAAGUAGAAAAGAACACAUUACAGGCAAAAUCCAAGGAAACUCAAGAAGCUGAGAUUAAAAUGCUCAGAAAGAGUUUGAACUUCAAAGCAACUCCCAUGCCGAGCUUUUAUCAGGAACCACCUCCUCCCAAAGUAGAGUUGAAAAAGAUACCACCUACAAGAGCCAAGUCUCCCAAGCUUGGCCGAAAGAAGAGCCCAACCCCGGCAGAAAUUUUAAGUAAUGAAGGUGGUGAUGUGCGAUCAAAUCGCUUAAGUCUCGACGAGAAUGUGGGUCUGAAUAAUAACAAUUCUAAGGGGGUCUCUCCUCCUGCCCGUCUAGACAAGCCGAAACGAAGGUCUCUUCCUAGACUGCCUUCUGAGAAAACUACAAUACCUGGUGCCGCAACAAAUGCAGGGAAGUCCUCAGCAACCAAGGUGAAAAGCGUUGAGAAGCCUCCUGCAGUAUCUACAAAUGGAAAGAAAGAAGAAAAACAGGCCUCAACUGAAGCAAUAACAACAACAGAGAAGUCUGCGACAGACAAUGAGGAAACUGCUCCAUUGGAUGCAACAAACAAAGAGGUCUCACUCAGCCAGGAGGAGAACGGAGGUGCAACACCGGAGCCGAGUGAAACAGAGAGCCAGACGGACGAAGAGCGGGAGAUCGAAGAACAAGAUCAGCAUCAUCAGAGCUCGGGGGAAGACGCUGCAGAGCUGAAACAGUCAUCGAGCAUUGUGGCGCCGUGAUGGGGAUGCCAUUUUGAAAAUGGGAAAAAUGGUAUGAGUCCUGAAUGAAUUAUUUUGGCACUAAGAACUGAAGAGAUUUGUCUUUGUGAUUGUUAUGUAUUAUGUAUUAUUAUUAUUAUUGUUAUUAUUGUUAUUAUUAUCAUUAUUACUAUGUGUUCUGUCCAUAAGCAGUAAUUAGUGUUGUCCCUCACUUUGUGUGUGCUUCCUUCCAUUAACGGUGUCUGGUUGCGUCACUAAAGGGAUUUGCCAUUUGUAUGUAACUUUCCUUUUUCUUUUUCUU